AUGGUCGCCCACAUGGUCAACGGCGACAAGCCCCUGGCUUACGUCCUCGGCACCCAGCCGUUCCACCCCCUCGUCCUCCCGCUCCUCGUCCGCCCUCCCACCCUCAUCCCGCGCCCCGAGACCGAGCACUGGGUCUCGCACCUCGCCUCCCGCAUCCUCACUUCCUCCUCGCCGCCGCUGUCGAGCGCUCCCACCGCGCCGCCUUUCCGGCUCCUCGACAUCGGGACGGGCUCAGGGUGCAUCGCCCUCGCCCUCGCGGCGCACCUCCGCUCGGCCGACCGCGCCGUCCAGUGCACCGCCGUCGACCGCGCCCCGACCGCGCUCGCUCUCGCAACAGAGAACGCGGCGCGCCAGUCGCUCUCGGACGUUGUCGCCGUCCGCGAGGCCGACCUGUUCUCGCCGUCGUUCGCCGCCGCGCUCACCGACGGCGACGGCUUCGACCUCGUCGUGAGCAACCCGCCGUACAUCACUCGGGCCGAGUACGUCGAGCUCGACCCGAGCGUGCGAGCGUGGGAGGACCGAGGCGCGCUCGUCGGCGAGGGCGAAGAGCGUGGCGACGGGCGGGCUCGGGCACAAGGCGCCGCCGCCGCCGACGACGACGACGGCCUCGUCUUCUACCGGCGCAUCGUCUCGCUCCUCGACGAGCUGCUCGCGGCGCGCUCUCGUGCACCGCGCUCGGCGCCCGUCGUCGCGUUCGAGGUCGGGCAAGGGCAGGCGAGGGCUGUCGAGCGGCUCUUGCGGGACUGGCGGGCGGCAGACUGCGCGAAGCUCGAGACGGACGUGGUGCGGGACCCAUGGGGCAUCGAGCGAGCAGUUUUUGCGCGGUGGCGGGACGAGUAG